AUGGCCCGCUUGUCCUUGCCGGCCUUCCGUCGCCGCCGUCGUCGUUAUCAGCAACAAUGGGCUGCGGACAAAAGCUACAAAAAGCGUGCACUUGGUAACAUCUACAAGACUUCGCCAACUGGUGGGUCGUCGCAUGCGAAGGGCAUCGUCCUCGAAAAGGUUGGGGUUGAGGCAAAACAGCCUAAUUCUGCUAUCCGCAAAUGUGUGCGUGUGCAGCUCAUCAAGAACGGCAAGAAGGUCACCGCUUUCGUGCCCAACGAUGGUUGCUUAAACUUUGUCGACGAGAACGACGAAGUCCUCAUCUCUGGUUUCGGUCGUCGCGGGAAGGCUAAGGGUGAUAUUCCCGGUGUACGUUUCAAGGUCGUCAAGGUUUCUGGUGUAGGUCUCCUUGCUUUGUGGAAGGAAAAGAAGGAGAAGCCGCGUUCGUAA